AUGGCGGAGCUGCCGCUGCCCGCCGGGCUCAGCGCCAGCACCUUCCCCGCCAAGCUGUGGCGCCUGGUGAACAGCCCCCGCGUCCGCUCCGUGCGCUGGGACAGCCGCGCCCAGGGGCUGCUCGUCGACCGCUCCCUCUUCGAGCAAGAGCUGCUCAGCUCGGGCGACGCCCACAGGGCGGGCACUGAGGGGGCGGGACCAGCCCCGGACUCCUUCCAAGCCACGCACUUCGGCAGCUUCGUGCGGCAGCUCAACCUCUACGGCUUCCGUAAAGUGCCGGGCUGGGUUGGCUCAGAUGAGCCGGGCGAUGCCGGGGGCUGGCUUCACUUCAAGAACCCCAACUUUCGUCGCGACCGCCCGGACCUCCUGCUCCGCAUCAAGCGCCUGACCAGGGCCAACAGGCAGCGGCUGGCGGCGGGGCUGGACGUGCGCAGCCGCCAGCCCAGCCGCUUCCAGCAGCUCCACAAUGAGCGGGCGGUGCCCUCCUUCCCCGCCGGGCAGCCGCCCAGAGCCGUGCUCUCGUACCACAACCUUGCUGCUGCCUCAUCUCAGGGUUUAGAGCUGCUUCCAGGCCCUUCCAGGCUAAGUGCAGGUGCUCAGGAGGCUGAUGUUUUCCUAAGAUCACCCAAGAAAGUCUUUGCCACAUCUGGACUUCCUGGGAUUUCAUCGGAGGAACCAGGCACGGGCAAAUUUCAAUUCAGCCAUGAGCUCAUCAUUCCACUGGUUCCCAUGAAGCUUAAAUGCCAGCCUGAGCUCAUCGUUCCUCUGGUUCCUGUAGACCAUCACAACCCUUCCAUGGUCUCUUCAGAGAGGAGCAGCUGCACAUCUUCAGAGCAGCAGUUGCCAGCCCUCAGCCCAUCAGCCAGGCCAGGCACUUCAGCCCCCAGCACUCCAGCUGGCAGUGCAGGUUUUGCAGCAUGGACAGCCCCCAGCUGGCUGUGGAAAACUCCUGGGGAAGAGGAAUUGCCACCGCCAGAUCUGGACAUGGUGCUUGAGACAUUGGAGGAGAUGUUUUCUCCCUCUGCUCAGGGGAAUAUUACUGUUGGCCCUGAGUCUUCAGGAGGGGAGCCUGUGGACAGAGCUGCAGCAGAGGGAGCUUUGCCUGGCACCGAGAGCUGCAGGAACAAUUCCCAGGAGCCCGAGGAGCUUGAUAUCCACCUGAUCUACCUCGCCAGGAGGGCUGCCCUGCGUGAGAAGAAGAAUCAGAGGGAGAGCCUGUGACCAUCGGGCAGGUGGAAUCCCUCCAUUUAUACAUAGAUUUAUAGAUUUCCAUAAGUCUAUUUGUAUAUCCCAAUAGUUAUAUUUAUAGAUUUAUACAGGUGUGUUUAUAUAGUAAAUCAAUAUAGAUAAUUAUAUAUGUAUUUUUAAAUAUACAUAUUAUAAAAUAUAUAUGUAUAUAUUUUUAUAUAUAGUUAUAUUUAUAGAUUUAUACAGGUGUGUUUAUAUAGUAAAUCAAUAUAGAUAAUUAUAUAUGUAUUUUUAAAUAUACAUAUUAUAAAAUAUAUAUGUAUAUAUUUUUAUAUAUAGUUAUAUUUAUACAUUUAUACAGGUGUGUUUAUAGUUAAAUCAAUAUAUAUAUUUUUUUUAAUAAUUGCAUCACAUUUAUAGAUGUUAUGGAAUUUUAUAUUUAUAUAUAUGUAGCUACAUUUAUAGAUUUUGAGAUUUACAUUUAUAUGUGUAUAGAGUAACAUAUAUAUAUUUAUGCAUAGAAGUGCAUAGCUAUUUAGUUAGAGGUAUGUGGAAGUUUAGAUGCAUAGAUUGAGCUGUGUAGGCCUAGGCUGCAUUUUUAGCUCUUUCCCCCCUCAGCUGCCUUUUUCACCUCUUGCUUUUCCCCCGGUGCCCCGUGUGUCCCCUGUCCCUGUGCUGGAUCCGAGCUGGCGGCCGGGCCGGGCGGAGCAGCACUUCCAGCCCCGGCUGUCCCUGGAGCGGUGGGAGCUGCCGCUGGCCCCAGGCACUGUCCCCUGAGGAGCUGCUGGAGGACGAUGUCCCAUCUGCUGUCGCUGUCUGGGAGAGCUGCUCUGCACGGGAGGAGGAGACCGAGGGAGAGGCUUUGAAGAUGGGGCAGCUGGGAUCCCUCUGCUUCGACUGUUGUUUAAGGAUAGAUGGACUUGCACGUGGACAGGGAUUAUUUCAUAUGUAUUUCCAUAUGUGGGUUGCUAUUUGUAUAGGAAUAUUUCUAUCUAUAUGUAGUUAUAUGUAUGGAUGUAUGCUAUAUGUAUAUGUAAGCAUAUAUAUACAUAUAUGUCUGUAAUUACAUAUAUGUGUAUAUUUGUAUCUAAGUAUACAUGGAUAUUGUUAUAUCUGUCUUUAGUUCUACUUCCUAGGUUUACAGCUUUGAACAUAUCUCUUUAUAUUGAUGCAGGUAUAGGUAUAUGGUUUUUAAAUAGGUAUUUUGGUAUUUGUAUUGGGACAUAUGUGUACUUUUAUAUGUAUAUUGUUCCAUUUCUGUCUAUUUAUUGAUAUUUACAUACGUGUCCAGAUGUAUAGCUCUCUGUUUGUAUUGAUGCAUUGGGUGCAUAUUUAGCUUGGCAGAGUGAUAUUUGUAUAGGUGCAGAUAGGUUUGCUUUGUUUAUCUACUGAUAUAUAUAUUUUUAUAUGUAUAUUUUAUGUAGUAUGUGAUGUUUAAUCUAUAUUUACAUCUGUAGAUUGUUAUAGUUAUAUAUGUAUUUAUAUAUGUGCAUAUACAUAUGUAUUCUAUUUAAAGAUGUAUGCAGGGUAUAGUUGUGUAACUCUAUUGAAUUCUUAGUGUAGGGCUAUUUAGAGAGGGAAUGUGUAUUUUUGUAUUUCUAUAUGGGCUCUAUGUUUUUAGUAAUAUGUAAUAAAUUAAGUUGUUAAACGUCUAAUUGAUCUUUGUGUCUAGUGAGUUCUGUAUAGUAGAGGUUGCCAAUAAAUUAAGUUUUGUUAAGUGAAUUUGGUAUUUGUAUAUUUUAAAUGGACUGGUUGUAAUAAUCUAAUAAACUCCUGGUUUUUUACCUAAA